AUGAUUGUGAUCCGGAGUGAGAGGGCGAGGCACAGGAGACGGUGGCUCACGAGGCUCCAAUGGGGGGCCCUCUUGUGCGUGAUGGUAUUCAUCUACGGCUCUCACGCGCCUCUCAUCGCUCUGAGCAAAGUGGACCAGCGCGUGCCCUUUGACCCCUCCUCUUGCGUGGUCAUGAUCGAGCUGACCAAGCUGCUCGUCUCGUUCGCCGCUUUCGCCGCAACCGACGGUGCGUCCGCCUCGCUUGCCCGUCCCUCCCCGGCCCUGGCGGCCCCGUACGCCGUCCCCGCCGCGCUGUACGCCCUCAACAACAACCUGGUGGUCCUCAUGCAGGCCUACAUGGAUCCCAGCUCCUUCCAGGUCCUCAGCAACCUUAAAAUCGCCGCCACGGCUCUGCUUUACUCACUGUGUCUCGGCAGGAGGCUGCGCCGGGGUCAGUGGUUCAGUCUGGGGCUCCUGAUGGCGGCGGGAGCGUGCCACAGCUACAGCAGCCUGGCUCCAGCGGAGGGGGCGGCGGCCAGGCUUUACAUCACCGCAUGGGGGCUCUUCCUCAUGUCGGUGUACUGCUGCGUCUCUGGGCUGGCGGCUGUUUACACAGAAAGGACGCUGAAGAGCCAAAAUCUUCCACUCAGCCAACAGAACCUCUACCUCUAUGCGUUUGGUGUGCUCAUCAACGGGAUGUCGUCCCUCUCCGCCCUGGCGAGCGACAAGAGCUUCCUAGAAGGAUACUCCUGGCCCGUUUGGGCCAUCAUUGCAGGGCAGGCGGCGAACGGCCUCCUGAUGUCCGUGGUGCUGAAGCACGGCAGCGGCAUCACGCGACUAUUCGUCAUCUCCUGUUCCAUGCUGGUCAAUGCCUUGUUGUCCUGGACCUUCUUAGGGCUGCAGCUCACCUUCUUCUUCCUUCUGCCCGUUUCCAUGGUCGGCCUGGCAGCUUACCUUUACUACACAUAGCUGAACCUCCAAUCCCUGCUGAAAUGUGUGACUAUGUCUGCCUUUUCAUCCUGCACUAAUGUGAACGUGACUUUUGAACUCACUGGCCACUUAAUUAGGUACGCCUGUACAAUCUUUGCAUCAUCGUUUCCACUUUACUUUAGAUCAGGCUUAGGCGGGCAAAUUUAGAGGAAAAAAAUGUGUCUGGGGGGUCGGUAUACUUAUUUUUAGGAACACUAAUACAAAACUUGACAAUAAUGUCUGAUCGAAUGCUAAAAACGUUAUGACAGACCACCUUAAACAGAAUGGAAUGAAAAAAUGUCUAACUGAAUGAGACCCAGAAUGUACAUGAAAAUAAAGAAUGUGGGAUAAUAUUAACUAUAUACGGUAAAACACUGAAUAUUGACAACAUAUGAACAUCACACCCGCUCUCCAUCCACAAUCAAGCGAAACGCAACAAAAUUGCAAAAUAUAAACACGAAUGGUUUAAAAAAAACCCACAGACAAUCUGAUAUCACUAAGCUUUAGAACUUUGUUGUCAAAAUCUCCUUCCGCGUCUGUCCCUGACUCCCACAUUUCAGGCUCUGGAAACACUCUGUGGAAACACUCCCCACCCACACUGCUUGGUGUCUGGUCUGAGCUGCUGUGACUUAUAGAGUACCAUAGUAACCAAUUAGAUUACCAUAAUAACUAAUUAGAUGACCAUAGUAACUAGUAUAUCAUGCAAAAUGCCACCAUUUAAAUACUUUGUAUAGUUUAAGACUUGCGGUCAUUUUAAAAAAUCCCUGCACAUCAUAAUGGCAGCUACACUUUCCAUCUUAAAGGUCUAAAAACAUUAUUUGGGAAUGUCCGGCAGGCCAGAUAGAAAAGCUCAACGGGCCGCAUUAAUUUACCCAGCUCUGUUUUAGAUUGACAAACAUUUAUUCGGUCAAUAUGUUUAAUAUUUAGGUGUAGCAGUGCUAUAAUGUGCCUCUCCUGCAGCUAAACACCACAAUAACAGGAACAACCACUGCAAUAGACUUUAUAAAGGAAGCAUAUUUGUAACA